AUGACAGCUCGAGCUCUGUGGCUCCUCUGUCUGCUCGUGGGCUCAUCCCCCGAGGCCCCGGUGGCCGAAAGCAAAGCCUCGCCGCCUCACAAUAGAAAGCCCGACACCGGCGGCGUCCGGGGCGCUGAGGAAACGCCGGUCCACGAAGCCCCACGGCGGCCGCGCGCGGCAGACACCGACCCCCGGCGCCGGAAGGCCCCGCCGCCCGCCGAGAACCGGGCCGGCUUCCGGGAGGCAGCGCGGCUCGCGCAGGCCGAGAACCGCGCCUCCCCGCGGCGCGUGCCCGUGGCGGAGAACUCCCCGCGGCGCGCGCGCGCCCGACCCCUGCGCUUCCCGGCCGCGCGCGCCGCCGAGCCGCCGGCCGGCCACGCCCACCCCAACCGGCCGCGCGCCGCCCCGUCCCCGGGGGCCGCGCCCGCGCCCCCGCCCAGUGACCCCGAGCCCGGAGCCGAGCCCUGCGCGCGCGCCUGCAGGGCGGACGUGGACGAGCGCGACGCCUUCUGCGCCAGCGAAUUUGCAGCCGUGAAUGGAAUCGUGCACGACGUGGACGUGCUGGGCGCGGGCAUCCGGCUGGUGACGCUGCUGGUGGACCGCGGCGGGCUGUACAAAUUGAGCCGCUUGUACGUCGCCCCCGACGGCUUCUUCUUCCGAGUCCAUCUCCUGGCCCUGGACCCCUCCAGCUGCGCCAAGCCAUGCCCGGAACUGAAACCUGGCAGCAGGUACAUUGUGAUGGGCCACAUCUACCACAAGAGGCGGCAGCUCCCUGCGGCGCUGCUGCAAGUGCUGGGAGGGCGCGUCCAGCCCGGAGACGGACUGCUGGGCGGAGGCGGCGGCUACGUGAGGAGGUUUAACCGGAGGAGGGACGCGCAAGUUCGAGGCGCGGUACGCACGCAGUGUUUGUGAAGAACACCGCCAGGGCGCCACGGGAUCCACGGAGAUCGGGCACAGGGGCUUCCUUCAGGAUUUGGGACCCACCCGCAGCUCCCCCUGAAUGACUG